CAGCAAUGGCAGCAGCAAAAGGCCUAUAUGAGCUUGGGCUCUGGCACAUGCCACUCAACCCCGACUCCGCCAAGAUAGAUGAGAUCGAGGGAGGUACGCAGGAAAGGCCGUCUCACGAUGGCUGGGAGCGAGGAGGGCCAUAGGGAGGCAGGACAGGACAGGAGGGACAGAGGAGCGGACACGCGUGUGCAUGCGUCGACGGAGAGCACAGUCGCCUUCAUUUCCUUCUUCUCUGUGUGUGCUGUGCGUCGCUCACAAUGCUGCACUACAGUUAUAGCGGCCUUCCCCACGCUCGAUGAAGCGCUCAACGAGGAGCUAAUGUCCUUCAUCGAGGACCGCGACCAGGCCAAGGGUGACAAAACUCCCGUCAAUGUAUGUGGACACGCACAUGCUCUCUCUGUCUAUGCAGAGUACAUUCUGAAGCUCGAGGAGCGCACCGAGGAGCUGGACGACCUCUGGCGCAAAGUCCGUGGUGAGUGUCAGUUGCACAAUGGGGUCAGAGCAGCCACACGCGAGGAGAGACAGACAAUCUCUUUAUCGAUUCUUUGCGGCAUGUCUGUGCGUAUCCGCCAUCCAUGCCGGCAGACGAGAAGAGGGAGCUUGAGCAGCAGCUGAGGGAAGAGCUGCAGAAGUACCGUGACGACAUCGCUGCCAGGGAGGAGGCCCUGCAGACCAUGGCUGCCCAGCGAGACAGCUUAGCCAAGUCGGUGUCGACUCUCAGCGAGGACCUCCGCAAGCAGGCCGACGAGGUGCUGGCGGCCAAGAGGGCAAUGCAAGAGGCCAAUGAAGCCAAGCUGGACGCGGAGAGGGACAAGGAGCGAGCAGUGGCGUCCCUCACCCACACCACGCGCGACAAGAUCAGGCGCUUGGAGUCCGCCAACCAUAGCCUCGAGGCACAGAGCGCCGAGAUUCCUCGUCUGAAGCAGCAAUUCAGCGAGCAGCUGGGCAGCGAACGAAAAGCCGCAGAAGCCGCAAGAAAGGAGAAGGACGACCUACAGCGCGAUCGCAACCAGCUGGCCGAGAGGCUGGAUCACGAGACAAGUGCACUGGAGUCGGCUCGGGCCAAGCUCGAUCAAACGAGGCGAGAGAAGGCUGAAGUGGAGGCCAAGGACAUCGAGACAUCAUCCAAGAUGGCCAGCCUCAAGGCACAGCUGGAGGGAGAGACGGCCGCACUGGAGGAAGCAAGAGAGGAGGCGCGGGCGGCCAAGGAAAGACAAGAAGAGCUUCUCAGUCAGGACGCACAAAAUGCCGUCACCCUUGCGGAGAUGACAGAGAAGCUCCACAAGCAGGCUGAGGGCGUCGCUGCGGCAGAGAGGGCUCUUCAUCAGGCCGAAGAGGAGAGGGACCGCUUGGCCGAGCAGCACAAGGAUGCCGCUGACACGAUUGAGGAGCUCACCAAGGAGGUCAAGAGCGCCACUGAGGCUCUGCGCAAGGCCGAGGAGGGCAUGGAGGCGAUUGCUCAUGAGAGGGAUGUCCUGGCCGACAGGCUGGCGAGCUACCAGGGGAUGCCGCCCCUGCAGCCCACCCACACACCCCACUGCCCCAUGGCCCCCCAGCACCCCCCCAUGCAGCAGCACCCCGCCCCUUUUCCGCCGCAUCCCAACGUUCUCCCCACACCAGCCUUCGGCAAUCCCAACGCUCCCUCCAUCCAGCAGCAGCCCAAGGGUGGCAUGGUCCAGGCCGCCAACGGGUAUGGGGGCGGUCAUGGCUCGCCGCAGUUGCAGCCCCAGCAGCCAGGGGGUGGAGGUGGGGGAUAUGGCUGUGUGAGCGGCUACUGGUCGCCCCCGCUAAAUCUACUAGUCGCCCCUGCAAUUCACGGAUAUGGUGAGCGGAAGGAACAAGGAGACAGCGGCACACGCCCAAGAAGGCAGACACGCGAGGCCUUUCUCCUGUCUGUUCUGCAGGUGGGUCGCCCUUUCAAGGCCACCCUGCGCCGAGCCCGCCUCUGCAGAAUCUGGUGAGACAUCCCUCUGACAUGCAUUGAACAUGUUAGUUACAGCAAUGAGUAUCUACCGUCUGUCAGGGGUUCGUCGAUGCGCUGGCUGCACAUGGAGGGGCCAUGGCGGCGGAUCCGUCAUCUGCAGUGUGACCCAUGGGCCAGGGAGUGUUGGUCGGGGGCAGCAGCACGCAACACCACUACCAGAGUAAGCAAGCCAACACAACACAAAUGUGACGAAACGAUUGCGAUGAACACAUGCUUUCGAUCCGUCUUUGCGACGUGUGUGCAGAUCAGCCACUCGCAGCGUCAUCGCAUCGUGGUGGCGGUCACGAUGGCCACCCGUCCUACGGCGCCGGGAGCCCCUUCCAGCAGCCGGCCAAUCCGUGGCCCCACAUGACCCCCGCCAUUGCACAGCGCGGCCACGAGAUAGACAUUGACCCUCUGGCGGGGCUAGACAGCGUCUCGUCGCGACCGCCUUUUGACCAUAACGCCCACAGAAUGCCGCCACAGAGGUGAGCUACUGAUUGACACUCACGACAGACACCACAAGCUGAGCUGUCCUUCAUGCCCUCUCUCUCCCUUUGUGUGUCUCUGUACCAGUCAUGUCGAUCAGCUGCCGCGUCAGCAGCGGCCCCAGAACGGCUCGCAGGGAAUCGGCAUGGGUCUGUGGCUGGGCAGCCCCCCACAACAGCAGCAGCAGACGGGCGUGAGGGCAUCUUCGCCCGACGACUGGCUCAGCCCGCCCCCAGGCAGUGCAGUGCCGCCCUUCUCCCCUUACGGACAGCCUGCUGGUGGUGGUGCGAUGGGCGACGGUUUGUUCGAUGCUCCGCGCGGUGCCGUGGACAUGAGUCUGUAUGGUGUUGGGCCGCCGGUGGCGUAUGUGGAGACGGGAGUGCGGUCGGGCGGCAGUGGGGGCGGUAUGAGGACGGGCAGCGGCGGGAGCGGCCACGGCUCACAGGCGUCCGGUGGCAUGGCUGCUACGAACGAUCCUGACGCCAUCUCUGCUGGUACGUCGGGCGGAGAGAGGGAGGGAGAAGACCAUCAGUGAGAUGGGGCGGAUACACUAUGCUUAUUCCUCUUGUGUGUGUGUGUGUGUGCAGACAGGAGUGGGUACGAGCUGUUCCCUCGCUCAGAGGCCCCCGGCGGUCUAUUCGGUCGUCUCGGUCCCGCCGCCAGCCGCCCCCAGCCGUCUCAUCCGCCAUUCCCUCCACGAGCGUCUCCCUUCCCGCCCCUCAUGCCCUCACAUGACGCCGCCCAAGCGCCGCAUCUCCACCCACACCCAGCUCCUGCCAUCGGCGCCGCAUCGUCUGCUGCCGACCCAAAUCUGUUGUUUGGGAACUGGACCAAUCGGCUCGGUGGGUAUGGCGGUCAGCCUGAGGACCACCGUGCGGCGGCAGCGGCGACGGCAUCGGAGAGCCAUCGCCACGUGCAGGGAAGGAGGGGGCUCGGUUCGGCGAGGAGAGAGGGCAGAGGAGCUGGUGGCCUCUUUGGCGGCGGGCAGACGUCAGCAGCACGAGAGCCGCACCAGAUGCGGGACAGGUCGCAGAGCCCCCCUCAGAAGAAGGGGUGCCUCUGCGGCCUGUGGUGCUGAGGGCUUCGGCCCUCAGCACCCCACGAAGCCCCCACAGAUGGGGGCUGGGGGGGGGGAGGGGUGCGUAGCCGUGGUGGAGCGAUCAGGUGCGUCAUGCACCGCACCCUUUAGUCUCGGCGAUCGACGGGCGAGGCCAUCCGGCGGACCCGUUGGUCGCAGCAACCCACACAAGAAGGCCAGCUCCACUACGAGCGAGAUACUCUGCAGCCGCCCUACCUCCCCUCCCCAGGCGCACCAUUCGGCCUCCGACCGGCGGCAUCACGAGUAGCGUGCAUGGGGACUACUGCUUUGCCAUCACGCCUGUCAAAACCAUCAAGGAG